AUGAAAACGUGCGAGCACUAUAAAAAUAUAAAUCUCGCGAAGAUUGAGCAAGCUCUGCAGCCCUAAAUCGACGUUUAGCUUCAGAUCUGCAAUACUUGUGACAUUCAACUUUCAGAUGACCUUAAAAAAAUGUCUCCUAAAGAACUUGAAUCUCUCGUAUAUGAACAUAAGAUUUAUUUAGAUUCUUUAGCAGGUUAUAAUCAAACAGCCAAUGAUAAUCAAGGUGCAAGUACAGGACGAGUAAGCCAUAUUUAAAGACCCGUUAGAAUCUCAAGAUUAGGGGAACUAUUAGAAAAAAUAGAAAUUAAAUAUCAAAAUGGAGUUCUCAUCUGCCUUAUGUGUCUUAAUGUUGCUUGCGGGAGAUAUGAAAAAAAGCAUGCACUAAAACAUGUUGAGUAAGAGAAAUCUCAUACGUUAGUAUUAAGCUCAAAAGCAAUGACUGUUUGGUGCUAUACAUGUGAUGAUGACUUAUAAACUAUUCUGAAUAGUAUGCAGAAUGAAGAUACAGAAAAGGAGGAAUUACAUAAUUUCCUUGAAAAAUUGCAUCAAAUAUUUGGAAGACUAUUAAUAAAACCAAGGAGAGGUUAAAGAUUGAACUCGGGACGCCAAAUUGACAUUAAGGAUGGAUAAAAUGAAGAGGAUAAGAAGGAAGAUGUUUAGGAAUAUACUGAAAAAGACUUGGAAGAUUUUCAUAUUUGCUAUAGGGGAUUUAAAAAUCUAGGUAAUACAUGUUUCUUCAAUUCAACAAUGCAAUGUCUUAACGCAUCAAGAGAUUUUGUAUUCAAAUAUGUUUUACCUAAAACUCAAUAAUUUCCAUUUAAGAAUAAUUCUAGCAUGAAUGUCUUGCUCAGAAGUUUGUUCUUUGAUGUUAGAAAUGGAAAAGGAUCAUACAAUCCAUCACUUAUUUUUAGUGGGGUUUGUAAAAGAAAUUCAUCUUUUAGGGGAUUUUAGUAACAAGAUGCACAUGAUUUACUAGUAAAUUUUCUUGAUAUGCUUGUUCAAGAGCACGAUUAGCAUAUGAAAAGAAGUAAGCAGGAAAAGAUGAAGGGACAGAAAAAGAGUUAUGUUGAGGAGGUGUUUGUUUUAUGUUUGGAUUGUCGAAGGGUAUCAAGGAUACGAGAUCCAACUUUUGAUAUGAGCGUAACAAUCUCGUUUAAAUAAAAUACUCCACAAUCUAAUAGUAAACUGAAGAAAAUCUUAUCAAAUAAUAGCAUAACUUCACAACAAGUCAGUAUUAAAGCUACAAGUAGUAAGGUUGGAGAUGAAAUGAAGUAGACAACUAAGAUGAACAUGGUGUCAAUGAAUUAGAUAAAAUCGCUUUGUAACUGCCUGGUGAGAGUUAACUCAACUCGUAGCUAAAAUAAGACAGAAUAUUAAUAGCCAAAUGUCUUUUAUUCCAAUAAUUAAACUGUGUAAUAGCAAGAAAUACCAGAUAAAGUAGAGGAGCCGAUUCCAUAGAUAGAAGAGAAGUUAGAUAAAUAAAUUGAAGCUACAAUUGAAAAGAAAGAUGAAAAAGCAGUUGAAGAUUAAUAUUAAGAGGCAAAAACAUCAGAUACUCCUUAUAAAGGUGCUAGCACCAAUGCUAGUAGCAAUAAUACUGAGAAGUAAAGUGAUUAAACUACUAUUUCGAAGGAGCCCUAAACAAUUGAUAAUCUCAGAAGCAUUCAUAGUGAAAGCACAAAUAAAGAUAGUAGCACUCCAACUCCCUAAGAUCCUUAAGCUGUUUUAUUGAACAAAGGUAUUACAUCAGGGCAUAUGAUGUUCGAAGAAGGUAAAAGAUUUGGUAAAAUGUUUGAUAUGGAGAAGACGCCUUUUCUUGAAGAUGGAGAUAAGUUUGAAUAUUUUGAGCCAGCUCCAAAAGCUAAAUUCGAUGAUGGUACAUUAGAAGGAUGUCUCUACAAUUCAGUAAAGAUAGAAUCUUUGGUAGAUAAACAAAACUUGUAUUUAUGUGAGCAUUGCACAGAAGAAAAAUACGGGAAAAAAUCUAAGAAAUAGCAUAGAACAUAAGCUCUUAAGAAGUUGAUGCUUAUAGAACCACCAAACAACCUUAUAAUAAAUCUUAAAAGAUUUACCUAGUAGGCAUUUUCUUUCAGUAAAAACUCAAAGAGAAUCGCAUUUCCUCUAAUUUUAGAACUAGAUGAUUUUAUGAUACACACAGUAAAUAAAGAAGAUAAUGAUUUGAUCAAACAAUACGAGUAAGCUAAAACAGACGCAGAUUGGUAACCUAAAUACUAAUACAGACUUUUUGGAGUAGUAUCACAUUCUGGCAGCAUGAGUGGAGGUCAUUACAUCGCCUAUACAAGCUAUCAUUACAAAGGAAAAAGAUACUGGUUCUACAUGAGCGAUUCAUAAGUUGAUUAGGUAGAUGAGAAAAAUGUUUUAUCAUGUGAAGCUUAUAUUCUCUUUUACCAAAGAAUGUGGUGA